AUGACAUAUCGCGGUUCCCUGCCCGGGUCAGGGUACGGCCAGAAUCAGGGCCAACAACCAUGGCCCCAGCAACAGAAUAUGCAGUCGGGCUUUGAUGCCUAUGGAAACCCGCAUGCUCAAUACCCCCAAUACUCGAACCAGCAAUACAACCAGUAUCAAAAUGCCGUCUUUGCGCCAGUUGGCUAUCCGCAGCAAACGGCCCAAAACAGAAACUAUGUCGGUGUCCAUCCAGGUCAAUACCAAAACUACGACCCGAACUUCGAUCAGAGGCCACAGCAGCAGCAGCAGCAGCAGCAGUCCCAGCACUAUCCUGGGACCUACGGCGCGCAAAUGGGCCAAAUGCACAGCGCGCCGGCUCAACAGCCCGUCCAACAACAAGCGCAGCGACCGAAUAACCAGUACAUGCCACAGACUCAACAACUGCCGAUGCCUCAACAGCAGCCACAGCAACAACCACCUCAGCAGCAACAGCAGUAUCAGCAACCACAGGCGCACGCGCAGUCUUACGGUCAACAGCAGCACUACCAACCACAACACCAAGCCCACCAAAUCCAACAUGCGCACCAAGCACAACAGACUCCUCAACAGGGCCAACAUGUCAUGGGCUGGCAACAAAUGCCCCCUCCUGCUCAGUCGCCAAUGACACAGUAUCAAUCGAUACCUCGACAACCGACGCCUCAGCAAAAGCAAACACAGCAGCAGCAACCACCGCAGUUGCAACAGCAGGCACAACAACAACAGCCUCUGCCACAAAUUCAACCCCAGCACCGUCCCAAAUCCAUAUCCAGCCAUGCCAACUCGCCGCUCGUCAACUCUCCACAUGCGAACUCUCCCGUCACGGUGAUACAAUCGCCCCAACUAGCUCAGCAGAAUAUGCCAAUCAAGAGCCGAAGCGUUAGUUCAACAAGUGCCAGGAUUGAUGAAGCUGCCAGAGUAUCGGCCAGCCCGCGCAUGGCCAUGCAGGGUCUGACGAGGAGCCCUAGUGUCAGCUCCGCCAGAUCUCCUGCCCCAACGCCCGGCUUGAUUCCUCACCAGGACACCAAUUCUUUGCUCGUGUGCGUGGCAGAGGAGAUGUUUACCAAGGCGCGAGGAGAAGUGCUUCGGCUUGCUGAUACGCUCGACCCUCGGGAUAUUCAGGAAUACCACAAGAUGAUCGCGACGGGAUUGGGCUGUCUCGAGACUGUGCUGGCAAGCAACAAGAUUCAACCAAAGAUAGAAGCAAAAGUGCGUUUGCGAUAUGCCAGCAUAUUGUGUGAAGAGACCAACAACAUCAUGGAGGCAGAGACUGCAUUGGCAAAGGGCAUCACAUUGUGUGAAAAGUAUCGCUUUACCGACCUAAAGUACAUGAUGCAAUUCCUGCAGCUGAGAAUGCUGUCGCAGAGGAAAGGCAAGGCUGCAAUGAUUGCCGUGGACCAGAGGAUAUCAGACGCAGAGUUGUUGAGACACACACACUGGGUCUAUGCCCUUCGAUUCUUCAAGGCAACUCUUUAUCUACAGUCUUCAAACCCCGCCGAUAUUCAUGGAAUAGAAAACUUGAAAGCCAUCAUGACCUUGGCACAACAGAGGGGCGACACUACCAUCUUUCAGGUCGCCUGUCUUUUGGAAGGACUUAGUCUCCUAAAAGACAUGAAGGAUGAUGCUGUCGAUAAGAUACAAAAUUGUAUUGCACAGGCACGAAAAUAUCAGCUUGACCCUUCAGCACAUUCCAUCUCGCAAGUGGAAAUCUUGUUGCUCAUGUUGGAUUUUAUCUGCAGCUUACGACAAAGGUCGCCCAAGGUGAUUCUGCAAAAACUCAAGGUGCUUCAAACACGCAUGGAUGAGACUCUUUCAGAUGGGCGCUGGGAAUACUACUCGACCGAGGUUCUACUUCCUAUCAAUAGGAAUUCCACCGGCAUCGCCCAAACCAUUAGCAAAGACACACAUGCGGUAAUCCGUGUCGGCGCUGAGCAUCAUAGCCGCGAUUGGCUCGUCAUGUCCUUUUGGACCAAGAUUGAAGCAUUCAUUCUGACAUAUACUGUUAGCGGUCUUGGUCAGCUUUAUGGAAAUCCACGAAAUGACAAAAGAAUCAUCGACCUUUGGGAGGAAGCCCUGAGCUCGCUGACCAAAAACGGCCAGAAGCUACGGUCGAAUCCUACCUCCCUUCAAGAGGCCAUCAAGGGAGCUGACUGGCGGAGGGAGUUUAAAUGCUACUUGCAAAUCAUACGAGGAUUACACCUUGCAACAAUCAGUCGUUGGCCAGCAGUAUGGAAAUGCGUAGAGGAGUUGGACAGCCUUGUCAAGUCACCUCUGGAAGGCGUCGUCGGUCUCUACUCAUGCUACCUUUCUGGCGUCUAUCACCAGGGCACUGGCAAUCUUGCCGCAGCCAAGUCGAUUUACGAGGGCGCCCUUCUCAGCCUGGAGAACAAUUUGGACGAUAAUGGCGAUAUUCAAGGCCUGGCUUCUAUGAAACAAGGUCAUGCUGAGUUGGAGGUUCGUGUCUUGUCGGCCUUUAACCGUAUCUGGAUCAUGCAACACCCGGAACAUCGCGACGACCGUCUUACUACGGAGCUCAUUGAGCUUCUCCGACCCCUUUGCACAGAUCACCCCAACAUUGAGAUCCGCACCGCCUUUAACCUGAUCCUGGCCGCCACGCAGACGAAUCCGCCCAUUGGCAUGACGGCCGCCAAGAACCAUCUCGCCAUUGCACUCAAUGGUGCCAGGGCACUAGGUGAUGUGCACACGCUCUCCAUUGCCCUCAACCUGAUGCAGGCCAAGUUGUUCCACAAUAUCGUAGGCGACCAAGCGCUCAAGAGCGCCAAAGCCGGCGCCUCCCAGGCGCGUAGAGCGGGCAACCGGCUCUGGAUAAGUGUGGCCGAGGGUCUGUUGGCUCAAAGCUACGAGGUCCAGGGCCAGAUGGUCGAGGCGAGACAGUCGUGGGAUUCGGGUGCCAACUUUGCUAAAGAUGCCCUUGGAGGGGCACCUCCGCCGACGACAUGA